GAAAGAAUUCUGGAUGUAAGAAUGAUUGAAGAGCAGUAGUAAGUAAGGUGGCGGGGUGUUAAUUGUGCAAUAAUCAUUUGAAAAUUGGUUGAAAAAUCCAACUUAAUUUACCUUUUUGUUGAAGUACAUCAUUAUUUUUUACAAUUAAUGCAGAGCAUUAGUGUAACGUGUGUAUCUCUAUAACGUUCAAGCAAAGCCAACGAUAAUAGGUAAUCAACGACCGACAAUGGGUCGUCGAAUUUUUAGACUGUUCGGAUUUUUCUUAACGCUGGUGCAUCUUUCGCAACAGGCGACAGCGACAGAGCAUGAGCCAAGGAAUUACUACAUCGCGGCAGUGGUGGAAUUCUCGCCUAAAGUUGAGCAAUGUGGCCCGUUAACCCUACAAAAGAAUAGGGAAAUGUACAUCGAAUACAUUGAAAAAGCAAAAAAACAGGACAGCGACAUUAUAGUAUUCCCAGAGGAUGGCCUGACAUCGGUAAGAAUGCCAGAAAAAUCGGAAAUGAUGUCUUGGGCAACGGUUGUACCUUCCGCCGACGAAAAAUACGUUCCGUGCGAAUAUCAUCGACCGGGCGUCAGCGAAACGUUGAAGCAGUUAUCGUGCGCGGCUCGAAACAAUAGCAUUUACCUGGUAGUAAACAUCGCCGAAAUGGAAUCGUGUGAUCUCGGUCAGACGAAUCGUGACCAACAAUGCUUCUCAGUCAAUGGAACGCGUUAUCACAAUACAAACGUGGUGUUUGACCGAACAGGAAGAAUAAUAGCGAGAUAUCGCAAAGUAAAUCUCUAUAUGGAAAAACAAUUCGAUACGGUCGAACCGCCGGAAGUGGUUACCUUCAACACCGAUUUCAACGUCACAUUUGGUACAUUCACGUGCUUCGAUAUACUAUUUUACGUUCCGGCUCUAAACUUGACGAGGACGAAUGGAAUAACAAAUAUCGUGUAUACUACAGCCUGGUUCUCCGAAGCACCAUUCCUCACAGCUGUUCAAACGCAAUUCGGAUGGUCUUAUGCAGAGGACGUGAAUCUGCUGGCAGCUGGAUAUCACAACGCGAUGCAAGGAAACACGGGAAGUGGCAUUUAUUUGGGUCGCGAUGGAAUAGCCGAAGCGACGUUUUCCAACCAGACUGGACACCGACUGUUGGUCUCUCGGGUACCCAAGACAAGAACUUCAAGGGAAAACAAGACAGAGAAUGCGAAGCAAUAUGCCUCGACCGAUAUUUUCUACGCAACUAAACACCGCGCAGACACUAUCGACGGAAUACGUAUUCUGCGCGAUAAUCUCGAACCCUUCGAAUCCGUUCCUCUAAACGGAACAUCGAUGAAUGAAACUAUUUGUAUCGGCACCUUUUGUUGCGACUUCGACGUUCGUACGACCCACCUCGAAUCAUCCAGCAACUAUCGCGCUGUUGUUUACAACGGAAUUCGUCUAUACGGCACCGAAGUGAAAGCCGCUAUUCGAGUAUGCGCGUUAACACAAUGUUCCAACCACUCGACCAUUUCUUGCGGUGUUGUUCAACCAUCGAACGUUACGUUUCUUCGUCUGACAAUCACCGCGAAACUCGCCGAUAGUCCAGUGAUCCUGGCUAUGCCAACCGUAUUGAACUCCUCGCUGCUUCCGUUCGAACAAUGGACCUAUAAUGAGCACAUUGCCGAAAACCUAAUGCACUUGACGCUCGCUCUGAAUCAAUCGACCAACGAUCUUGCGACUUUUGGUAUAUACGUUCGGGAGUUUGCUAGAGAUCAUAACGGGAACGUUAAAACUGUCCCUUCCUUUGUAAUAGUCCUUUCGUGCCUAUCGAUCUUAAUGUUUUCCCUUUGCUUGUUCAACAACCUAGACUCCUAAAAACAUAUCGGGUCGAUUCGUUUCAACGAGAAGGUCAAGUGCGUGUUCAAGAAAUCGAUUUUCCAUCCACUGUCGCACGAUAUGUGAACCGAUGUCUCGUACACACGGGUCGAGAUGUGUCCGCGACCAAAACAAAUACAUACCUACAAACAUGUUUCUACCUCUAUGAUAGCUCACGAGAGCUUUCAACAGUUGAAACCCACGUACUUAGUUUAGACGUGGCAAAGUGUUCAAACUGAAGACCUGAUCCACACUGUUUGAAAAAGUUUCGACCUUUUACCUUGAAUUUGAACGCCUCGCCACAACCAAACUUGUUUCAACGGUUUGCAGACUCAUCGCUACUACACGGGACUGGGUCUGUGUGUAUAUAUUGUAUAUACACAUACACAUAUACGUUUUCUUGCGUCUGUGAAAAGGCAAUACAUCUGUUGAUAACAACAAUAUAAAAAACAACG